AUGUGGCAAAGAAACAUGAGUUUUGUUGGCAUGAAGGUGUUAUGUGUGUUUGUGUUGAUAGGUUUUGUGAUUGUGGAAGGUUUAGAGAAUGGUAAUGUGACAGAGAUGGAGUUUGUGAGAGGAAGAGGCUUCUACAAUAGACCUUUGAUGGUUGGUCUUACUCUUAUCAAUGGAGCUGCUGCUAAAGGAGCUGUUUGUCUAGACGGAUCUUUACCGGCUUAUCACUUCCACCGUGGAUACGGUUCGGGAUCAAAUAGUUGGUUGAUACAUCUAGAGGGAGGAGGCUGGUGUGGAACUAUCAGAAAUUGUAUUUACAGUAAGAAAACGCGUCACGGUUCAUCCUAUUUUAUGGAAAAACAAAUACCUUUCAUUGGAAUAUUGAGCAACAAAGCCCAGGAAAAUCCAGAUUUUUACAACUGGAAUAGAGUCAAAAUUCGUUAUUGCGAUGGCGCAUCGUUUAGUGGGGACAGUCAAAAUGAGGCAGCAGGGUUGUAUUUCAGAGGGCAGCGCAUUUGGCAAGCUGCAAUGGAAGAUUUAAUGUCAAAAGGAAUGCGAUAUGCCAAACAGGCUCUUCUGUCCGGGUGUUCUGCAGGAGGUUUAUCAGCUAUACUACAUUGCGAUGAGUUCCGAGAAUUGUUUCCAAGAACUACUCGAGUAAAGUGCUUUAGCGAUGCUGGAUUAUUCCUUGACUCCGUCGAUGUAGCUGGCCGUCGUAGUUUAAGGAAUUUGUUUGGAAGUGUAGUCACCUUACACGGUGCGCAUAAGAGCCUUCCAACGAGCUGUACCAGUCGCCGCAAUCCGAUUUUGUGCUUUUUUCCUCAGCGUUUAAUCGCAAGUGUUAGGACCCCGCUAUUUCUUCUCAAUGCAGCUUAUGAUACUUGGCAGAUUCAAGCUAGUCUAGCUCCACCGUCUGCUGACUAUCGUUGGAAUUGGUUUGAUUGCAGAAAAAAUUACGCACGCUGCAGUUCACCGCAGAUACAAUAUCUACAAGGUUUUCGUAACCAGAUGCUUAGAGUUACAAGACGGUUCUCAUGGUCGCGCCAAAAUGGAUUAUUCAUUAAUUCGUGUUUCGCUCACUGCCAAUCGGAAAGACAGGAUACAUGGUUUGCUCGCGGAUCUCCUCAUAUUGGAAAUAAAGGGAUCGCGGAUUCUGUCGGGAACUGGUUUUUCGACCGAGUCAAUGUUCAAGCUAUAGGGUGUGCUUACCCUUGUGACAAAACCUGCCAUAAUUUGGUUUUCAACUAA